AUGCAAUCUAAAGGCCGGUAAUUCUAGGAGGCAUUACAAUAUUGUGCGCGCUACCCCUACAUGUUCCCUUCCAUGUUUAGAGGGCAACCCAGUUCCCCGAGUAAUCAAUUUCAUCUACAAAAAGUUCUGUUUUCCUUUAACAAUGGCUUCCCUCUCCUUUCUUUCUUGUCCUGCCCUGUUUCUUUCCCUAUGGGUGGUGGUUCUGCUAAUUUCACCUUCUCAUUCACUCACCCCCAUCAAAACUACUGUAACGAAAAAUGCUACUUCUUAUGCCGCCAUCUACAGCAAUGGAACUCGUCUAACUAGUCCUACUCCUUCCGUCGUCACCAGCAAUGGAACUCCUGCAACUAGUCCUACUCCUUCCGUCCUCAUCAGCAAUGGAACUCGUCCAACUAGUCCUACUCCUUCCGUCCUCAUCAGCAAUGGCACUCCUGCAACUGGUGCAGUUCCUUACAUCACUCCUAUAAACAGUACGACCAGCGAUGGAACUCCUACAACUAGUACUGUUCCUUACAUCACUCCUACAAACACUACGAAUUCUAGCAGCGAUGGAACUACUACAAGCGUUUAUCCAUCAAUUGAACCAAGCCCGUCCAAUUUCGUUCCUCCACCUCCAACUAAAAGAUCAAGAAAAAUUGUGAUAAUUUUGGCGUCAGUUUUGCCUGUUGCAAUGAUUGCAGCUUUCUUCAUUUUGAUACGUGUUCGAUACAUAAGAAAGCAAAGAUCUAAAGAGGAGGAAGGAAGAGGAAGCAAUGCAGAUCAUGAGGAAUGGGAAAAUUCAUUGCUUCAGGCAACAAACUUGCCUAAAAGAUUCACGUACCAGGAUUUGAAGUCUGCAACAGAUAACUUCCAUAAAAAACUUGGAGGAGGAGGAUUUGGUUCAGUUUUUGAAGGUAGUUUGAGAGAUGGCACCAAAGUUGCAGUGAAGCGCUUAGAUCGGUUUGGCCAAGGGAAAAAAGAAUUUUUAGCAGAAGUAAAGACAAUAGGCAGCAUACACCAUAUUAGCCUUGUGAGACUUGUAGGAUUUUGUGCUGAAAAAUCUCACAAGCUUUUAGUCUACGAGUAUAUGAGCAAUGGAUCCUUAGAUAAAUGGAUCUUCAACAAAAAUUCAGAAAGCACUCUUGAAUGGAAAAUCAGGAAGAAGAUCAUUCUAAAUAUUGCCAAAGGGUUAGCCUAUCUUCAUGAAGAUUGCAAGAUGAGAAUAGCUCAUUUAGAUAUCAAACCUCAAAAUAUUCUUCUUGAUUGCAAGUUUGAUGCUAAAUUAUCUGAUUUUGGUUUGGCAAGGCUGAUUGACAGGAACCAAAGCCAAGUAAUAACUCAAAUGCGAGGAACCCGAGGAUAUAUGGCUCCUGAAUGGUUGAGCAGAAAAAUCACAGAAAAGGUUGAUGUAUAUAGUUUUGGUAUUGUUAUCUUGGAAAUUAUUUGCGGAAGGAAAAAUUUGGACCUCUUACAGCCAGAAGAAGAUGAUUAUUUACUUCUACCAAUAGUGAAACAGAAGGCAGAAGAGAAUCAAUUAACUGAAUUGGUUGAUAAGUGCACUAACAUGCAGCAGUUCAUAGAAGAAGCUGUGAAGAUGAUUAGAAUUGCCAUUUUGUGUUUACAUAAUGAUCCCACCAAAAGGCCUUCAAUGUCUAAUGUGGUGAAGAUUUUAGAGGGUCUGAAGACUAUGGAAGCUGUAUCUGAUUAUGGCUUUUUGACAUAUACUGUGGUGGAAGCUCCUCCUAAAGUAGUUAUGGUACCUUCAGAACCACAAUCAGCAUCAAUACUCUCAGGGCCAAGAUGAAGUACUUAUUUAGGCACAAAGUAAUACCUCACACCUUAACACCUUUGCCGCGCAUCGAAGGUGGCCACGAUUUCCUUCUUGCUGGAGUUGAAACAGUCUCUGCUCGACUGCUCCAAGCAGACAAUAGUUGGAUGCUUUAUAUUUGAGAUGGUCACUGUACUGAUGCCUGCAUGUUGCUCUCUCCUCCAAGUGCGCGUUCCUUGGUCUCCUCAACCUUUACCAAUGGGAGUAGUAGCUUCGUCUUCAUCGCCUCAAAUACCAGAUCAUAAUGUGUGUGU